AUGAGGUUCGUCCAAUAUAUCCCGACUGGAAUUCCAAACGAAGACGGUGAGUUCCCAGGAAGGAACUAUACAGUUGGAAAAGUCAUACAACAACUAUAUGAUAUUAGGAAAGCUUCAAACCCCAAACUUGCAAUGACACUCAAAUUGCUUAUGAAUUCGACAUGGGGAUAUUCCAUUAAGAAACCUCAAGAGAUGAAGAGUAAACAUUAUGAGAAGGUCGACAACUUUGUUGAAAGGUUUUCUCCUUUUGUUUUGAAAUACGAAUUUACCGAAGGUGAAAGUGGCUUAGUAACCACAUUAAAACCUAUUGUCGAACAUUGGUCUUACCCUCAGUUCGCAAAAGCAGUCCUUGACAACUACAACAAAUUCUUCUCCGAAGUCAAAUCCAAAGUUGUGGUUUACUAUGAGAACAUUGACGCACUCAUGACGAACGAAGAAGGAUACAACAAACUCAUUGAAAUGGGUUUAGUCGGUGAGAAGAUGGGCUGUUUUAAGCUAGAUAAGGUAUUUUCCGAAGUUCAUGUCCUCUCCAAGCGUAAGUACUGGGGCAUACUUGAAGACGGCACAGAAAUAAAACAUUGCAUGAAAUAA